AUGGUCUUCAAGAACAAGCUCUUCUUCUCUUCGAAGAAAUCCGGAUCUUCGAGCCCCGAUAGUUCCAACAGUCCCAGAUCUGUUGGCUCCAACUCUCCGAUACGAUCGGACAAGAAGAAGGCUAAAUCCGCUUCCAAGGAGGAAUCCCCGAUCCCUAAUCCGAGCUCCGCUGGUGGAUUUGCCGGAAUUGGUUGUAAGCAGGCGCAGAUUAAAGAUGGCCUGAAGAAGAAGGAUGGAUCAUCGAAGGGCAAACAAGUUCCAACCGAGUUUCAAGCGCACUCUAUCGGAAAAUCGAACUUGUCUCCCAGUUCCGAGCCGAAGAAACCAGCCGUUGGACCGACGCAGGAAGGACCAGCUUUUGUUUCUCCAAUCAUGGCCUCGUCUCUGGGCUUGAACCGGAUCAAGACGAGAUCCGGACCGUUGCCACAGGAGAGGGUUUUCAAUUUUAGGAAUGAUGGAGAAACUCCGCCUCUGCUAUGUACGAGCAAACUGUCGAAGAUGGCAACUGUUGGGGACUCGGGCUCGGGUUCAGCCAUUUCUGGCUUUGGUAGUGCCAAUAAGAAGCAGGAAGCUGGGAGCAGCAAGUUAGGGUUCGAAGACAACAUGGGUCGCGCUCGAACGAGUGACAAUAAGAGUGAUCGUGAUAGUAUGUCUCCUGAUACUGUACCACCGAGGAGCCUCAGCCCUACUUUGCCGGCACCAGGAUCUCGAUUGCAGAAUGUGGCAUCCUCAUCGGGAACUGGUCGAUCCGAGAUGUCAUCUGGACGCUCUGGCCCUCUAAGAAAUUCAGACUUUUGUACCCCAGAGAAUUCAUAUGAAUGGGAAAAUCCAAAAGAGUCAGAAUCACCACGUUAUCAAGCCUUACUUCGUAUGACCAGUGCUCCACGAAAGAGGUUUCCGGGCGACAUUAAAAGUUUUUCUCAUGAGCUGAAUUCAAAAGGUGUACGGCCCUUUCCAUUGUGGAAGCCUCGUAGGUCGAACAAUGUGGAGGAAAUACUGGUUCUAAUUCGGGCAAAAUUUGAUAAAGCUAAGGAAGAAGUAAACUCUGACCUUGCAGUAUUUGCUGCGGACCUAGUGGGAGUUCUUGAGAAAAAUGCAGAAAGCCAUCCUGAGUGGGAGGAAACGUUUGAAGACUUGUUAAUUUUGGCUCGCAGUUGUGCUAUGACUACUCCUGGAGAUUUCUGGCUUCAGUGUGAAGGCAUAGUUCAAGAUUUAGAUGAUAGACGUCAAGAGCUUCCUCCGGGAGUUCUCAAGCAGCUUCAUACUCGGAUGCUUUUUAUACUUACCAGAUGUACGAGAUUACUUCAGUUUCACAAGGAAAGUUGGGGGGAAGAGGAACAAGCUGUACAACUACGUCAGUCAAGAGUUUUGCGUUCUAUAGAGAAAAUACCUCCUACUGGAGCGGGAAGGAGUUCAAGUGCUGCAAAGGUCUUAAAGAUACCACCAUCCACCAAGAAAGCCUAUAGUCAGGAGCAACGUGGUUUGGAGUGGAAGGAGGACGUUGUUGUACGCUCAGUUCGUCCUCUCUCUCCUCCUAAAAAUUAUGAUCUUAAGGAAUCUGAAUCUCCUACAAGCAUUGAUAGAAUGUCUUCCUGGAAGAAACUUCCAUCUCCAGCACUGAAAACUGUGAAAGAAGCGCCAGCAUCAGAAGAGCACAAUGAUAUCAAAGUUGAACCACCACAUACGGUUAGAAAUCGACAACCUAGCGAUGAUACGGCUGUUUCUAUUCUCAACUGCCCUCCAGCAAAAGAUUCUCAUGAACAUUCGCCCAAGCAUCGGCACAAUGUUUCUUGGGGUUACUGGGGGGAACAAUCACUUAUUUCGGAGGAAAGUUCAAUAAUGUGCCGUAUCUGUGAGGAGGAAGUUCCCACUACCCAUGUUGAAGAUCACUCUAGAAUUUGUACAUUGGCUGAUAAAUAUGACCAGAAAGGACUGAGUGUUGACGAGCGGCUGAUGGCAGUUGCUGGAACUCUUGACAAGAUAGCAGAGACCUUCAGGCAUAAGGAUAGCCUCGCAGCUGCAGAAAGCCCAGAUGGUAUGAAAGUAUCCAAUUCAAAUUUGACUGAAGAAUGUGAUGUUCUCUCCCCAAGGUUGAGCGAUUGGUCGCGAAGAGGGUCAGAAGACAUGCUUGACUGUCUCCCAGAGACUGAUAAUUCAGUUUUUAUGGAUGAUUUGAGAGGUUUACCCUUAAUGUCAUGUAAAACCCGUUUUGGUUCCAAGUCUGAUCAAGGCAUGACGACUUCAUCUGCCAGUAGCAUGACUCCUAGAUCCCCCAUUCCGACCCCUAGACCUGAUCCGAUUGAAAUGAUUCUAGGAGGCAAGGGUACAUUCCAUGAUCACGAUGAUAUUCCACAGAUGAGUGAACUUGCUGACAUUGCAAAAUGUGCAGCAGAUGCCAUUCCGGGUGAUGAUCAAUCAAUUCCAUUCUUACUUUCUUGUCUUGAAGAUCUAAGGGUUGUCAUAGACCGCAGAAAGUUUGAUGCACUUACAGUAGAAACUUUUGGGACUCGCAUAGAAAAGUUGAUCCGGGAGAAAUAUCUGCAGAUGUGUGAGCUUCUGGAUGAUGAAAAAGUUGACCUAUCAAGCACUGUAAUUGAUGAAGAUGCUCCUUUAGAAGAUGAUGUUGUUCUGAAAAAGGCAGAUAUGAUCCGCAAGAAUGCUGUUGAAAGUAUACUUGCCGAACGUGAUAUUUUGAUUAAUGUCCGCAAUCCCUUUGUGGUUCGUUUUUUCUAUUCUUUCACUUGUCGUGACAACCUGUAUCUGGUGAUGGAGUAUUUGAAUGGAGGGGACCUGUAUUCGUUGUUGAGAAAUUUAGGUUGCUUAGAGGAAGAUAUUGUCCGUGUAUAUAUUGCCGAAGUUGUCCUUGCUUUGGAAUAUUUGCAUUCUGAGGGUGUCGUUCACCGUGAUUUGAAGCCUGAUAAUUUGUUGAUUGCGCAUGAUGGUCAUAUUAAGUUGACAGAUUUUGGGCUCUCGAAAGUUGGUCUCAUCAACAGUACCGAUGAUCUGUCUGGUCCUGGGACGUCUCUUCUUGAUGAGGAAGAAUCACGAUUACCGACAUCCGAGCACCAGCUUGAAAGGCGCAAGAAACGGUCUGCUGUGGGUACGCCUGACUACUUAGCACCAGAAAUUCUUUUGGGGACAGGACAUGGUGCAACUGCGGAUUGGUGGUCUGUUGGCAUCAUUCUGUUUGAACUCAUUGUGGGAAUCCCACCCUUCAAUGCAGAACAUCCCCAGCAAAUAUUUGACAAUAUUCUCAACCGUAAGAUACCAUGGCCUCGUGUCCCGGAUGAAAUGAGUGCUGAAGUCCACGAUAUUAUAGACCGAUUUUUGACCGAAGAUCCUCAUCUGAGACUUGGAGCUAGAGGGGCUGCUGAGGUCAAGCACCACAACUUCUUUAAAGACAUCAAUUGGGAUACACUAGCGAGGCAAAAGGCUGCAUUUGUUCCAGCUUCAGAGAGUGCAAUUGACACUAGUUACUUCAGAAGUCGCUACUCGUGGAACACAUCGGAUGAGCAAUUUUUCCCGUCCGGUGAGGUUGAAGAGUACAGUGAUGCUGAUAGCUUGAGUGGCAGCAGUGGUUGCUCGAGCAAUCGUCAUGACGAGGGAGAGGUUGAAGAAAACGAAGGGCUUGCAGAGUUUGAGUCUGGCGUACCUGUAGAUUACUCUUUCAGUAAUUUCUCGUUUAAGAACCUAUCGCAGUUGGCAUCAAUCAACUACGAUCUUCUAUCUAAAGGCUGGAAAGAUGACCCUCAACCAAAUUCCCGUCACAAGUAA